AUGGCAUCUAUCGGAGACUUCGAUCCGCUUCAGGCUACUGUUCCUGCCACCAAGAUCGAGAUCACCGUGUCCUGCAGGAACCUUCUUGAUGUGGAUACCUUCUCAAAGUCAGAUCCUGUUGUUGUGCUUUACAUUCAAGGGAUUGGCAGCAAAGAAUGGCGAGAGUAUGGAAGAACUGAAGUGAUUGAAAACACGUUGAACCCGGAUUUUGUGCGCAAGUUUGUGCUGGAUUACUUCUUUGAAGAGAAGCAGAAUUUGCGUUUCGAUGUGUACAGUGUUGACUCAAGGAGCACAAACAUUUCAAAACACAAAGAUUUCCUUGGUCAGAUUUUUGUCACUCUGGGAGAAAUCAUUGGAUCUGCAGGCAGUCGUGUAGAGAAAUUACUAACGGGACUUCCCGGCAAAAAAUGUGGAACGCUGAUCUUGUCUGCUGAAGAACUAAGCAACUGUCGGGACAUUGCAACCAUGCAGCUCUGUGCUAACAAGCUGGAUAAAAAGGAUUUUUUUGGGAAAUCGGAUCCGUUUUUGGUCUUUUAUCGGAGCAAUGAAGAUGGAACGUUUACCAUCUGCCACAAAACUGAAGUGGUGAAGAAUACACUGAACCCAGUCUGGCAGCCGUUUACCAUCCCAGUCCGAGCUCUAUGCAACGGGGACUAUGACAGAACGGUGAAGGUGGAUGUCUAUGACUGGGAUCGGGAUGGCAGAUGCUGCCUCUGUUUCUUACUCAUCUUCGAUACAAGUCAUGACUUCAUUGGUGAGUUCACUACCAGUUACAGAGAGUUGUCCCGAGGCCAAAGUCAGUUCAACGUCUACGAGGUCUUAAAUCCAAAGAAAAGAGGGAAAAAGAAGAAGUAUGUCAACUCUGGGACGGUGACUCUCCUCUCCUUCAAGGUGGAAUCUGAUUUCACAUUUGUGGAUUACAUUAAAGGCGGAACCCAGCUAAAUUUCACCGUGGCAAUAGACUUUACUGCAUCGAAUGGCAACCCUUCACAGCCCACCUCCCUUCACUACAUGAACCCCUAUCAGAUGAACGCAUAUGCCAUGGCAUUGAAAGCGGUUGGAGAAAUCAUUCAGGACUACGACAGCGACAAACUCUUUCCAGCAUUAGGAUUCGGAGCUAAACUACCACCGGAUGGGAAAGUAUCCCAUGAGUUUCCUUUGAAUGCAGAUCCAGACAACCCAAACUGCAACGGGAUUGAUGGAGUGUUGGAGGGCUAUUACCAGAGCCUGCGCAGAGUGCAACUUUAUGGACCAACCAACUUUGCUCCAGUCAUUAAUCAGGUCGCCAGGUGUGCGGCACCAGUGACUGAUGGCUCCCAGUAUUUUGUGUUGUUGAUUAUCACGGAUGGGGUGAUCUCAGACAUGGUACAAACUAAAGAAGCCAUUGUUAAUGCUUCAGUGCUUCCAAUGUCAAUCAUCAUCGUUGGAGUGGGACCUGCGGAGUUUGAUGCAAUGGAAGAGCUCGACGGAGACGAAGUUCGAAUCUCCUCUCGGGGUCGUUAUGCAGAACGUGAUAUUGUCCAGUUUGUCCCAUUCCGAGAUUAUGUUGAUCGCUCUGGAAACCAGGUUUUGAGUAUGGCUCGGCUUGCCAAGGAUGUUUUAGCAGAAAUCCCAGAUCAGCUGCUCUCCUACAUGAAGACAAGAGACCUAAAGCCACGGCCAGCCCCUCCCUCUUACACAUCUGCCUCACAGCAAUCAUUUCACACAAGGAUCUGAGGAAGUGCACUCUCUCUUUGAUUGUUGUAUUUAUAGACUGCUUUUAAUAUAAUUCCUAUUGGAACUUCUAUGUACACGUGUUUGAAAGAGAGAGAGAGAGAGGGAGGGAGACGGACAGUUGUUGAACUUGCCCCUGUUCCAUUAUACAAAUAUCGGCCAUAUUUAUUCCAGCUGCUGAUGUCAUCGUGGUCUUCAUGGGUGAUUGAAUGGAAAUAAUGGAAACUUGCUGGAUGAGAUCCAUCUAUCACUUCAGGUCUAUGGCUUGGUUACAGCUAUAUCCUCCUUG